AUGGGUCAAAGUGCACCUAAUUCCAAAUAUUUUUAUUUAUACUGUGAUUGUGAAGAAACAUCACGAUGGGAUAUGAAUAGAACAUGGAAUAAUACAGUAAACACAAAAUGUGAAAGAAAAUCUCAAUUAUUUCCAGCAAUUAACCAAGAGAAUUAUAUACCAGAUGAAUUACAUUUGCUUUUACAUAUAUCAGAUGUCUUAAUGGAGUGUUUAUUUGCUGAUUUAAUUAAAAACAAAGAUUUUUCAAAACAAAUCAAAUCAGCAAUUGAAUUGGCAUUUAAAAACAUUAAAGUUCAUUUUGAAUUUUUUCAAUCCAAAUCAACUGGAAAACAAUGGAAUUGGACUUCUCUAAUGGGGCCAUAUAAAAAGAUAAUGCUAGAAAAAUUUCCAGUAUCACAGUUUAUUCCAGGUACUUGUGAAGAUGAUAUAGAAAAAUUGUGGCGAGAAUUUUAUCGUUUAUAUAUGUUUUUACAUAAAGCACAUCUUUCAGAUCAAGAGAUUGAUCAAUUUGAAAUUGAUGCUCAAAAUUGGAUCCACAUAUUUUGCCAUCCAACUCAAGGUUGUAUAAAUAGUUCUAUUCAAAUUCCUGGUUUAUACAAAAAAGAAGAUGUCACACCUUAUAUGCAUGUUUUUGCAAAACAUGUUUGUUUAUUUUUUGGAGGUACUACUAUGGAUGGAGGAACUGAUGGAAAAUCAGUUGUAUAUAAUAUAAUGUCUUUUGAGAACCGCCAAUUAUUUUAUUUAAUUAACAAUACUCCUAAAAAAAUUGUUGCUAGAAACAUUAAUGUCAAUAAAGAAAAUUAA